AUAAAAUGCCUCAGACCCGCCCUCGCAUUGUAAACUGCAGAGCCCCAGUCUGUAGUCCUGGUGGUAAUCUGUCACUGUGGAUUUGGCAGCGCGCAGGAGAGGAGCAGAGGUUUUACGCACGCUUGCGAUCAGAAGCAUUUGGCAAACUUUGUAUUAGAGAGGGGAUCCUGUUCUCAUGGUGGGUCCUUCAACUGCCUGUCGAGGAGAGCGCAGUCAAGUGCUGGCUGAUUGAAUGUCACCCCCAGUCACAAUGGAUUACGGACGGACCAUGGCUCCUCCUGUCCCCCCGCACAAGGCUACAGCAGCCCGGACAGGGCAGGCGCAGGAGCGGCUGCUGAAGUGCAUCCUGCUCGGAGACGGAGCGGUGGGUAAAACCAGCCUGGUGGUCAGCUAUACAACGAAUGGUUACCCAACCAAAUACGUCCCUACUGCAUUCGAUGACUUCUCAGCUGUGGUUCAGGUGGAUGGAAACCCGGUUCGACUACAGUUGUGUGACACUGCAGGACAGGAUGAGUUUGACAAACUCCGCCACUUCUGCUACAGCCGGACUGACGCCUUGCUGCUCUGCUUCAGCGUGGUCAGCCCCGCCUCCUUUCAAAACGUCUGGGAGAAGUGGGUCCCUGAAAUCCGCCGCCGCUGCCCUCUCACGCCCAUUCUCCUCGUAGGUACACAGUGCGACCUGCGGCAGGAUGUCAAAGUUCUGAUCGAGCUGGCAAGGCGGAGGGAGAGGCCGGUGCUAGAGGAGGACGCCAGGGCGCUGUCGGAAAAAAUCGGGGCAGUGACGUACAUUGAGUGCUCUGCGCUGACGCAAAAGAAUCUGAAGGAGGUGUUUGAUGCAGCCAUCGCUGUAGGGCUGCGGCACUCUGACAGGAGAGCCAGGCGGGAGAGGAAGGUCCGCAGCACAGCCGAUAAGAUGAAGAUGCUCUCCAAGUCCUGGUGGAAGAAGUAUGUGUGCGUCCAGUAGGGAGGGAGGAUCCGAUUGUCCUGUGUCUGAUGAUAAAACUGGAACUGCUGACUUAUUGGCGGGGACUGAGUUGGAUGUAAGGACUAUUUUUACGUUCACCUGGACGACCCCAGAUGUGGCGGCCAGAAUGACUUUAGUUCAGCGGAGCAAUAGUUCAACAGAGGCAGUGUGCCUGCCUGAGCUGUAGAGUGGGGAUAUUUUCCAUUGUUGAUGCCUAAAAGACAGAUAGCAUAAGGCUGUAACCACUGUCUGCUCCUCAGAGCCAGUCUGAACUGUUAAAUAUGACUGUGACCAGCAUUCAACCAAAAAUGAUGGAGCUAAUAAAGUUUUAUGGCGCAUGGACUGCAUAUCAUACUGGACGUGUCCAAAGGAAAUGUGAGCUGACUUGGAGGGGAGGUGUUCAGACGGUGAUGUUAUGUACUAAAAGUAUACUCCUCCUGUUUGUCUGAUUUGAUACCCUUCUUUAACUAAAUAUAUUAUUUUCUAUGUUCUACACUGUAAUUCAGCCCCCAACACAUCUGAUGGAUCAUUUUUAUUUUACUGAAAUCAGAAUAUAAAGUUAAUAUAAGCUGCUCAGCUUAAACCCCCAAUCGAAGAUGCAAUAAUUUUACCGUUGAAAGUCAAAGCCAGUCGUGCACCUUGUUUCUUAAAUGAGAACUUAUUCAACUAAUUCUCUUUCGGAUUACAAUCAAAUGUAAAUGAGUAUAAAUUCUUCUUAAAUCUAUAAGUUUUGGGGAUGUGAAACUGUGGUUUAACAUGUUGUAGUCCAGCUAUUCAGUUCUGUAUAACUGCAAGCUGGUGCAGGGAUUUCUCUACUGUGCCACAUUUUGAAGUGUUGAUACAACUGCCACACAGCUAGAGGUCUGCGAGCUCCUCACCAAUACACACUUACUACGGUCGAUUGACGCUAUGAAACAUGGAAGGUUUAGAAGUUUCAGUCAUUCACUUUGACUGAAAAGCUUCACUAAAGUGUAAAAAAAAA